UAUAUAUAAAUCUCUCUCCCUCUCCCCCCACUUGCUUCUUUCUUUUUUUCUUUUUUUAUCCCUCACCAGCAAUUUUUCCCCCUUACGGAUGUUGGGGAACACAGAGUGAUUCUCAAAGGAAGACGCCAGGGCAGAAGAUUACUGCAAAAAAGGUUUCCUUUUUGGUUUUAGGGCUGGAUCGGUUUGUCAAUGAGACAAGUGUAAAAAUGGGAGACUUUGGAAAGCUACUAUCCUGAGGAACCUGAACAGCUGAAGCAGGAAAACCCAUAUAUGAAGAUCUAUGGAUAAUGGCAUUGCUUGUCCUGUAAUUCAUCAUUCUUCUUUCCAGCACUUUUUUAUACAUGGGACACAACUGUAAUUAAGAAGUGCAGGAUGAAAAGAUGGCGCAAUCAGUGCUGGUACCACCAGGACCUGACAGCUUCCGCUUUUUCACGAAAGAAUCGCUGGCAGCUAUUGAACAACGCAUCGCUGAGGAAAAAGCGAAGAAGCCCAAACAAGAGCGCAAAGACAUCGACGACGAUGAAAACAAACCAAAACCCAAUAGUGACUUGGAGGCUGGCAAAUCACUGCCCUUUAUCUAUGGAGACAUACCUCCAGGAAUGGUGUCGGAGCCCUUGGAGGAUCUCGACCCAUACUACCUUAACAAAAAAACAUUUAUAGUAUUGAAUAAAGGGAAGGCGAUCUUCCGAUUCAGUGCCACUUCCGCCGUGUAUAUGUUAACUCCAUUCAACCCUCUUAGAAAAAUAGCUAUUAAAAUUUUGGUACAUUCAUUAUUCAGCAUGCUUAUUAUGUGCACUAUUUUGACCAACUGUGUAUUUAUGACCAUGAGUAACCCUCCGGACUGGACAAAGAAUGUAGAAUACACAUUCACGGGGAUUUAUACCUUUGAAUCACUAAUAAAAAUUCUUGCAAGGGGCUUCUGUUUAGAAGAGUUCACUUUCCUCCGGGAUCCUUGGAACUGGCUUGACUUCACUGUCAUUACAUUUGCGUAUGUAACAGAAUUUGUAAACCUAGGCAAUGUUUCAGCUCUUCGAACUUUCAGAGUGUUGAGAGCUUUGAAAACUAUUUCUGUAAUCCCAGGCCUGAAGACCAUUGUGGGGGCCCUAAUUCAGUCAGUGAAGAAGCUCUCGGAUGUCAUGAUCCUGACUGUGUUUUGUCUGAGUGUAUUUGCAUUAAUAGGGCUCCAGCUUUUCAUGGGGAACUUGAGGCAUAAAUGCCUGAUUUGGCCGCCAGACAAUUCUACUUUUGAAAUCAACAUAACUUCCUAUUUCGAUAGCACAAUGGGCGAUAAUGGUACCUUUGUUAAUAGAACUGUGACUACGUUUAACUGGGAUGACUACGUCAGUGAUGACAAUCACUUUUACUUCUUGGAAGGACAAAAUGAUGCUUUGCUGUGUGGCAACAGCUCAGAUGCCGGUCAAUGUCCGGAAGGAUAUAUGUGUGUAAAAGCUGGUCGAAACCCCAACUAUGGCUAUACAAGUUUUGAUACCUUCAGCUGGGCCUUCUUGUCACUCUUUCGGCUGAUGACUCAGGACUUCUGGGAAAACCUUUACCAACUGACAUUGAGAGCUGCUGGCAAAACAUACAUGAUCUUUUUUGUCCUGGUGAUUUUCCUGGGCUCUUUCUACCUGAUCAACCUGAUCCUGGCCGUUGUUGCCAUGGCCUACGAAGAGCAGAACCAAGCCACCAUGGAAGAAGCAGAGCAGAAGGAGGCCGAGUUCCAGCAGAUGCUGGAGCAGCUGAAGAAACAACAGGAAGAAGCCCAGGCAGCUGCUUUAGCCGCCACCACAGGUGAAUCUAGAGAGUUCAGUGAAGUUGGUGGUGUCGGCGGGUUCUCGGAGAGCUCUUCAGUGACGUCAAAGCUGAGUUCAAAGAGUGCUAAAGAGAGGAGGAACAGGCGGAAAAAGAGGAAGCAGAGAGAACAAUCCGAAGGAGACGAAAAAGAUGAGGAUGAAUUUCACAAAUCUGAAUCGGAGGACAGCAUCCGAAGGAAGGGCUUCCGAUUCUCUAUUGAAGGGAACCGACUGACUUAUGAGAAAAGGUUCUCUUCCCCACACCAGUCUCUGCUGAGCAUCCGUGGCUCCUUGUUCUCCCCAAGGCGCAGCAGCAAAGCGAGCCUUUUCAGCUUCAGAGGCCGAGCAAAGGACAUCGGGUCGGAGAAUGACUUUGCCGACGAUGAGCACAGCACCUUCGAAGACAAUGAGAGCAGAAGGGACUCUCUCUUUGUCCCUCACAGACAUAGUGAGAGGCGCAACAGUAACAUCAGCCAGGCCAGUCGAUCAUCCAGGAUGGUACCUGUGCUUCCAGCAAACGGGAAGAUGCACAGCACCGUGGACUGCAAUGGGGUGGUCUCCUUAGUUGGUGGGCCUCCAGGUCUGAUGUCACCCACCGGGCAGCUUCUGCCUGAGGGCACCACUACAGAAACAGAACUAAGAAAAAGACGUUCCAGUUCUUACCAUAUGUCUAUGGAUUUUCUGUCUGAUCCUACUGCAAGACAAAGAGCAAUGAGUAUAGCCAGCAUACUUACCAACACAAUGGAAGAACUUGAGGAGUCCAGACAGAAAUGCCCUCCCUGCUGGUACAAAUUUGCUAACAUGUGCUUAAUCUGGGAUUGCUGGCCACCGUGGUUAAAAAUAAAGCAUGUUGUUAAUCUGGUAGUGAUGGAUCCAUUUGUUGACCUUGCUAUCACCAUCUGCAUUGUUUUGAACACCUUGUUUAUGGCCAUGGAGCAUUAUCCAAUGACUCCUCAGUUUAACCAUGUGCUGUCUGUUGGGAAUUUGGUGUUUACUGGCAUCUUCACAGCAGAAAUGUUUCUCAAGAUAAUAGCUAUGGAUCCUUAUUACUAUUUCCAAGAAGGCUGGAAUAUUUUUGAUGGCAUCAUUGUCAGCCUGAGUUUGAUGGAGCUGGGUCUUGCAAAUGUGGAAGGGUUAUCGGUCCUAAGAUCUUUCAGGCUGCUUCGAGUUUUCAAAUUAGCCAAAUCUUGGCCAACAUUAAAUAUGUUGAUAAAGAUUAUUGGCAACUCAGUGGGUGCUUUAGGAAAUCUGACCUUGGUGUUGGCCAUCAUAGUCUUCAUUUUCGCUGUGGUUGGCAUGCAGUUGUUUGGCAAAAGCUACAAGGAAUGUGUCUGCAAGAUCUCGAACGACUGUGAACUUCCACGCUGGCACAUGAAUGACUUUUUCCAUUCUUUCUUGAUUGUAUUCCGAGUACUUUGUGGAGAAUGGAUAGAAACUAUGUGGGAUUGUAUGGAAGUUGCUGGACAAACAAUGUGCCUUACUGUCUUCAUGAUGGUCAUGGUAAUUGGAAAUCUAGUGGUUUUGAACCUGUUUCUAGCCUUACUGCUGAGCUCUUUCAGUUCAGACAAUCUUGCUGCUACUGAUGACGACAAUGAAAUGAACAAUCUCCAGAUCGCUGUGGCAAGGAUUCAGAGGGGAGUCGAUUAUGUGAAGAGAAAAGCAUAUGAAUUUGUCCAAAAGGCCUUUGUGAGGAAACAGAAAGCUUUGGAUGAAAUCAAACCACUCGAAGAUCUGAACAACAAGAAAGACAGCUGCAUUUCUAACCAUACCAUAGUAGAUAUUGGCAAGGACUUUAACUAUCUGAAAGAUGGCAAUGGAACCACCAGCGGCAUCGGCAGCAGUGUGGAGAAAUACAUAAUUGACGAAAGCGAUUACAUGUCGUUCAUAAACAACCCAAGCGUAACUGUGACCGUGCCCAUUGCGGUUGGAGAAUCAGAUUUCGAAAAUCUGAACACGGAGGAGUUUAGCAGUGAGUCAGAUUUGGAAGAAAGCAAAGAGAAACUAAAUGCAUCUAGUUCAUCUGAAGGUAGCACAGUUGACGUUGGAGUUCCCCAAGUUGGAGAGCAACCUGAAGCCGAACCAGAAGAAUCUCUUGAACCAGAAGCCUGUUUUACAGAAGGCUGUGUUCGGAAGUUCAAGUGCUGCCAAGUCAGCGUAGAAGACGGGAAAGGAAAACUAUGGUGGAAUCUUCGGAAGACCUGCUACAAAAUAGUAGAACAUAAUUGGUUUGAGACUUUUAUUGUCUUCAUGAUUCUUCUCAGCAGUGGUGCUCUGGCUUUUGAAGACAUAUAUAUUGAACAGCGCAAGACUAUCAAGACUAUGUUGGAGUAUGCUGACAAGGUCUUCACGUACAUCUUCAUUCUGGAAAUGCUUCUGAAGUGGGUGGCCUAUGGCUUUCAAACGUAUUUCACCAAUGCCUGGUGCUGGCUGGAUUUCCUCAUUGUUGAUGUCUCUUUAGUUAGCUUAACAGCUAAUGCCUUGGGCUACUCUGAACUUGGCGCCAUUAAAUCACUGAGGACUUUAAGGGCUUUGAGACCCCUAAGAGCUUUAUCACGAUUUGAAGGAAUGAGGGUGGUAGUGAAUGCCCUCUUGGGAGCGAUUCCAUCGAUCAUGAAUGUGCUUCUCGUAUGUCUUAUAUUCUGGUUAAUCUUCAGCAUCAUGGGAGUCAAUCUCUUUGCUGGCAAGUUCUACCACUGCAUUAAUACCACAACAGGGGACAUGUUUAGCAUCGACGAAGUUGACAACCAAACUCAGUGUGAAGAGCUCAUAGAAAGAAAUGAAACAGCCCGGUGGAAAAAUGUGAAAGUCAACUUUGAUAAUGUGGGGCUUGGUUACCUCUCUUUGCUUCAAGUAGCCACCUUCAAAGGUUGGAUGGAUAUUAUGUAUGCAGCUGUGGAUUCACGAAAUGUGGAGAAGCAACCUCAUUAUGAGGAUAACCUGUAUAUGUAUCUUUACUUCGUCAUCUUUAUCAUCUUUGGAUCUUUCUUCACUUUGAACUUAUUUAUUGGUGUCAUCAUAGACAAUUUUAAUCAACAAAAAAAGAAGUUUGGAGGUCAAGACAUCUUUAUGACAGAAGAGCAGAAGAAAUAUUACAAUGCAAUGAAAAAACUGGGGUCCAAGAAACCGCAGAAACCAAUACCAAGGCCAGCAAACAAAUUUCAAGGCAUGGUCUUUGAUUUUGUAACAAAACAAGCCUUUGACAUCAGCAUCAUGAUUCUUAUCUGCCUUAACAUGGUCACCAUGAUGGUAGAAACAGAUGACCAAACUGAUGCAAUGGAAACUAAUCUAUACCGAAUUAAUCUGAUCUUCAUAGUCCUUUUCACCGGAGAAUGUGUCUUGAAACUGAUUUCACUCCGCUAUUAUUAUUUCACCAUUGGCUGGAACAUUUUUGAUUUUGUGGUUGUCAUUUUAUCCAUUGUAGGUAUGUUCCUAGCAGAGAUUAUUGAGAAAUACUUUGUGUCGCCCACCUUGUUCCGAGUGAUCCGACUUGCCAGGAUAGGUCGCAUCCUGCGUCUCAUCAAGGGUGCUAAAGGGAUCCGCACUCUGCUUUUUGCCUUGAUGAUGUCUCUCCCUGCCUUGUUCAACAUCGGUCUUCUCCUUUUCCUGGUCAUGUUCAUCUACGCUAUAUUUGGAAUGUCCAACUUUGCCUAUGUGAAGAGAGAAGUGGGAAUCGAUGACAUGUUCAACUUUGAAACUUUUGGCAACAGCAUGAUCUGCCUUUUCCAAAUCACCACCUCUGCUGGCUGGGAUGGGUUGCUAGCUCCCAUUCUCAACAGUGGGCCACCAGACUGUGACCCUAACAAAGACCACCCAGGAAGUUCAGUGAAAGGAGACUGUGGUAAUCCUUCCGUUGGGAUUUUUUUCUUCGUUAGCUACAUUAUUAUAUCAUUUUUAGUUGUAGUAAACAUGUAUAUUGCCGUGAUUUUGGAGAACUUCAGCGUUGCUACAGAAGAAAGUGCUGAGCCUUUGAGCGAGGAUGACUUUGAGAUGUUCUAUGAGGUUUGGGAAAAGUUUGAUCCAGAUGCAACUCAAUUCAUAGAGUUUAGUAAACUCUCCGAUUUUGCAGCUUCACUGGAUCCUCCCCUUCUAAUACCAAAACCGAACAAAGUUCAGCUUAUUGCAAUGGAUCUGCCCAUGGUAAGUGGUGACAGAAUUCACUGCCUUGACAUCUUGUUUGCUUUCACAAAACGUGUUUUGGGUGAAAGUGAUGAAAUGGAUGCCCUUCGUGUUCAAAUGGAAGAUCGCUUCAUGGCAGCCAAUCCUUCAAAAGCUUCUUAUGAACCAAUUACAACCACCUUAAAACGAAAGCAAGAGGACGUAUCUGCUGUCAUCAUUCAGCGAGCCUUCAGGCGCUACCUCUUAAAGAUAAAAGUUAAAAAAGUGUCCUGCCUAUUUAAUAAGGACCGAAUCAAAGCUGGAGAUGACACUCUUAUCAAAGAAGAUAUGAUCAUUGAUAAGCUGAAUGAGAAUUCUACCCCUGAAAAAAAUGAUAUGACCCCUUCCACCACCUCUCCACCUUCCUAUGAUAGCGUUACAAAGCCUGAUAAAGACAAAUAUGAAAAAGACAAAUCAGAAAAGGAAGAUAAAGGUAAAGAUAUCAGGGACAGUAAAAAAUGAGCAAAGCGAAGGAUUCCCUUUGUGACAAAUUGUUUACAGCUUGAGAAAAUAGAGUAUUAUUUCAAAAGGACUCCAAGUGGAGGUUUAUGCCAAACUGACUGUUUUUGCACACACACACACAAACACACACACAAAUAUAUCUAUAAAUAUAUAUACAAAUGUUAUAUAUAUACUUAAGGUCAGUGCCUAUUAACAAGACAGUGACCCCCUCGUCAAUCCCCAUGCUACUGUGUAAAACAGGAUGGCAACUUUGACAGGAGGCUACUGUUUUUAUUACCAGCUGACACUGCUGAAGAGGAAAGAAAAAUGGCUACCCAGACUGUAGGGACCAGUACAAGAGGUGCAAACCUAGAAUUUAUGUGUGUUUAACAUAAAACACUCAAGUACAAUAACUGUAUCCACUGUUUGCAUUCCAACUGCCACCUUUUGCCAUAUUUUUACAAACAAACAAAAAAUCAGUGUUGGUGAGGUUGUCAUUUUUUUAAUUCACAGGUUGUUUACUAUUAUAUGUGACUAUUUUUGUAAAUGGGUUUUAUGUUCAGGGGUGGGUGGGUUCAGGGUCAGGGGGACCAUGAGGACCAGCUGUUCUGUCUGAUUCUCUUGUACAGACAGAAGAAGUGAUUUGCAUGAAGGCAUGCUGCACUUAUAGACCAUGCAUGGAAACAAGUAAGACUUCUUUGCACAAGGGUUUUAAAUACUUCCAUGUUUCAGGAUGGCUCCAGAUUCUGAGGUGCUUAAUAAAAGUAUACAUCUUUACGUCUCAUCCUGACAAUUCUUAAAUGUGCCUGUAAGUCUCAUAAACUCAACAGUUACUCGACAGAGGUAUUUUUGUCCCCUCCAUGUACCGUUCCGUUGUCAAGUUGACACACACGUAACUCAAUUUGUAGUUGGAUGGGGAAACCGGGUGGGGUUUUUGUUUAAGUGUUCUUUAGGAAACAAAAAUGUGUUCAUCUGGAGCACUAAACUGGCCAAAAGAGGGGGGAGAAGAACCUGACAUUUAUAAGUUUGUUUUUGCUUUCUCCUGCAGUAUUGUUUAGCCAUCUUCUGCUCUCAGCAAGAUUGACACUGUAUGUGUCAAUGAGAUAAUGCUGUCUAUGUAAAUAGUUCUUUUAACCCCGUGGUGCAUGUUUGAGCAAAGGAAUAAUGACCUGUGCACAAUAUUUAUUGCAUCAAAUAUGUACCACGAUAACUGUAGUUCGCAAGCCUUGAACAGGAAAAUAUGAUGUAUUCUGUACCAUUAUAAGUAGUUUGGAGGCUAUCACUGAUGCAUGUUGUUUAUCUUGCCUUCGCUGCUGUAUUUUUCUUGGAUUUGUUCAGAAAUCUAAUAUGGGAAGCCAUAUGUCAGUGGUAAAAGUGAAACAAAUUGUUUAACCAGAUAUCAUUCCUCAUUUCAUCAAGCAAUAGUUUUCAGCUAUCCGGUAAAAAAGAAAAGAAAAGAAAAGCUUCUUGUUCUGCCCUUACUUUAUUCUUCUCUUGAAUUUUAAGUGAGUAUUGUACAGUGUGUAGCCAGCUGUACACAUCAUGUUGCAAACUGCUUAAAUCUGUUCAAAUACACGGUUAGGAUUUUCUAAGAAAAAAUAUAAAUAGUGUACAGAUGUCAUUCAAUUUUAUUUUUCAGCAUUUUGUACAUAAAUGGCAAAACAAAACUGAUCUUCAGGUCGAUGUCACAGGCAGUUCUUACUUUCUGUCCAUAGCACUUUUUAAUUGAAGAACUUCACAAAGUAGAAAAAUAAUGAAAGGCGAGAAUGGGGGUAAUGUUAGGUUUCUGGGUUACUUUCUUUUUUUUUUAAUUAGUACUGUAUUUUUGCACACAUCUUAAUGUGAAUUUUCAGAUGGAGUCCAAAAUGCACUUGCUUCCAAAUAGCUAUAACUUGUAAUUGAAAUGUGGUGGGAAAGAUUUGUUUGAAUUCCUAGCACUGCCUGCAUAAGCAGUUAGUCUUAUUAUCCAUAAAAUCCUUGAUCUUUUCCAGUGUUUGUUUACAUAGACUAUUCUUAUUCUUGUUGAUUCAUGCUGCACUAGAAGUCUUCUAAAUAUUAUAUGCGGUUCUACAAUGAUAAUUUCUCCCCCUCCACAAGAACCAAGUAGCGAACUUGUAUAUCUGGUCACACCAGGACAUUUUCUUUUCCCGUAUUCCAUUCACAGGCAAAAAUUAAAUGUUAAUUCCUCCUUUUACUGAAACUGUUGACUUUGUGUGUUGGUGAACUGCAUGCAGGAAAAUGCUAUUACCAUAAAGAACGGUAAGCCACAUUACAGUUGAGCCAAAAGAAUAAAGACUUCAUUUUUUUUUAUUGUA